CAGUGAGUUCCUUCUUCCCGGCCACAUCGGCGUCACCAGCCCAGAACCGCUGCCUCCACCAUGAAGCUGCUGACAGUCCUCAUGCUGAUUGCCCUCCCCCUCUCCUGCUUUGCAGGUUCUGGCUGCCUGCUCUUUGAGAAACUGAUGGAUCAUACAAUUGUUCGUGAAGUUGGUGUUGAUAUGUACCUGCAGGAAUUUCAAGAUUUCAUAGACGAUGAAAACACUGAAAUGGCCCUAGAGAAAGUGAAGCAAUGUUUUUUUGACCAGGAAGACAAAACACUGACCAACGUCCUAGACAUGACGGUAAUUUCUAUUUCUUCUUUAAGUGCUUUUAACCCACUGGACAGGGAGAAGCAGGCUCUAA